CAGUCCAUGCUGACUGAAUGGCAGUUUGUAAGCCAGUGUGUUGUUGUUUAUUAGCUGAAAACAGGCGGUGUAGAUGAGCUGGUUUCCCGGAAGGUGAUCGAGAUGUUUUGGAGCUCAGCAGGUCGGCCGAGAUGUGUCGGACUUCUACGCUGCUGGUCCCUCACAGUCGGUCCCAGGACACCCACGACCCCUCGAUGCCCUCUGGAUACCUCACGGUCCUUCUCCAUCUCUGCCCCCACGAAGUCCCCAACGCACGAGGAGGUAAACCCGCCUCUGAAGCAGUGGGCUCUGGCGGUGAGCCCCUUCAGCACGGUGCGGGCACAGCUGGGCUGCAGCAUCUCCGUCCGUCCGCUGGACCUGCACACCUACCCCGAGGCUGACCGAGCCUUCAUCACAGUUCACGGAACGGACACCGAGCAGGAGGUCGGCCUGGAUCACUUCCACGUCCACUAUGACCACCAGAGCAAAGAGUUGCUCAUCUCAGCCGAGAAGGUUAAGAGCAGCGUGUCGAUUGAUCUGACUGCACCUAUCAAAAGCAAUCUCUUCAUUACUACUCAAGGAGAAGGACACGUGCAAGUGAAGAACAUGGAGUGUGAUAUCUGCAAGGUGCAGACAGAGAAGGGCAACUGUUUGCUGCACUCUGUCAAGGCUCAUCAGGUUGAGGUCCAGUCCCGCGGAGGACAUGUUACAGGUGUGGGCACUAUCCACGGCAAUGUGGCCAUCAGCACAUGUGGAGACAGUGGAGUUGAUGUCAAAAAGCUGCAGGGUACCAAAAUGAAUAUUUCAACAGAACGUGGCCCUCUGAGGGUCAAAGCCGUAUAUGCUGAAUCCAGCUGCGUCUCCUCCUGCUCUGGGAGAGUAGAACUGGGGAAUGUGCACGGUGCCGCCACUGUGAAGAACGUGUCUGGAGAUACAGUUAUUGAUGGUUCGAAUAGUUUCCUGAAGGUUUCCUCUCACAGCGGAGGCAUUGAUGUGUACGUGGGAGACGGCGGCAGUGCUGAACUCCACAGUCAGGAAGGGGCGGUGUGUGUGCGUGUCCCCUCCUCUUUGAAAGCUGCGAUGGAGCUCUGUGGAACGUCGGUGGAUAUCAGCCCAGAGGUUGUUCUGCAUGGAGUAGUAAACAACACAGCUGAAGGCCAAACCACAGUUACCGGUUAUAUAAAUGGAAAGGCCCCCGUUGACCAGUGGGUUAAAGCUCAGGCAGACAGAAACUCCGUCAGACUGAAAACACAAAGCUGGUUUGAAUCCCUGAAGCUGGGGAGCUGAGAUAUGAGGUUUACACUCGCAGAGCCAGAUGCUGUCGCUGCUCAAGACUGGAUGUAACUUUACCUCAGUAUAUACAACUCUGUGCUCAGGAUAUACUGUACUUUAAAUAAAGACUUUAUGUAUCAUCUAUAGUAUUUAACAGAUAUUCUGUUCAUACAAUGCGUUUUGGAAGCAUAAUAUUUGACUGCACACCAGUGUUGGUUUGUGAUGAACUGUCAAUGGUUUGAAUGAGAAAUAUCGCCGGCGAUUAAAUGUCCUCUGUAUGGUAUGUAAAUACAAAAACAAUUGUAAGUCCCAAACGUCAGAAAAAAAUAAAAUCAAGUGAAAUGCAACUACAAAGUGUUACAUAAACAAAGGAUAAACCAAGAUUGUAGUAUAAAAUAAUACAGCCUUUUAAUUUAAAGAGCAUAAAUGAACAAAGAUAUUUCUAGAGGGGAAAAAACACAACAGUGCACAGACACUGCAUAGACUUAUAAACAAAUACAUACAGUCAAUUUGAACCAGUUUGGAAUUUAAAGUGCUUUGUACUUCUCUAUAUAUAUACAGUAUGUAUGUAUGUAUGUAUAUAUAUAUAUAUAUAUAUAACGUAACAUUUCUUAAAUAAAUAGAAAUCAAUGUUGGUCAUGUCACAGUGCUAAAGAUGCCAACUUUCCAUCCACAGAGUGAUCUGAGUGAGUUGUGGAAACAGCUCAGCCAGUGUCAGAAAUAAUCUAGGCCAAAAACCCUGAUUUAUUUAUUUUCUACCUUAAUGUAUGUAUAUAAUUCAAUAAUCACAAAUGUUUAUGCACCGGUUAUCUAACAUGGAGUUAUUAAACCACUGGAGCCUAGCAGGGUCAAAGACAAUGUGUACCAAUUUAUGUAGAAGCAUAAAGUGAUCUAUACUGCAUCAAACUCAAAACAGAAGAGCACGGGACAUUGCAUUGUUAGGAGCUGAUACAAUACAAUGUGUCCUUAAAGGGGUUGACGGUGCUAUCCACACAGGUGAGACUUGAUCUGAUUACUAACCAGUGAUUUGGGAUUUUUUUUAACCAUUCAUCUCUGUGGGUAUCAUGCAAAAUGGUUUGUUGAAAAGGCUCUUUGAUUAUUUUGAAAUAAUCUCCCAAAAAUGAUGGUCACUGUGAUAAGAUGGGCUGUAUUUUUACAAUAUUAUUACUUAUUGAGAUCUGUUUUAUGUCCUCUUUGUACUUGCUGCUCUUGUCUUCACUGACUGCUGUUCCGCCACUUCCUCGGUCUUGAUGGGUCUUCUGACUGCAGACACUAUUGGGCCCGUGUUGUAUCCAAGCCAGUAUGGAGGGUUGUCGUUGCUGUGCUCCCAGUGCUUCACAUGUGGCUGAAGCUUUAAAGCGGCCACCCUACAGGAAGAAAUGCUCUCUGGUCAUUAAAAGCUGCCGUGCAGGAUUCUAACUUUGCAGGGCUCUUCUGAACUUUGUCUUACCUGGAGAUGCUGCUGCAGCAGACCAUCGCGAUGGAGCAGAGUGGAGGACAGACCCUCCUUAUGUGUCGGGGACUGCGAUCUGUG